CACCUGCGAAUUUUUUCCUUGUCAGUGAACAACUUUUCAGAGUAGGAACGUGUGGCCGGUUCGUGUCUCCUGGACUAUAAUAUAUUCACCGAAGAAUGAACACAAUCCCAUUUGUCAUUUUUGUGUUGAUUUGGUCUUUUGCAUCCACUGCCACGUUUCCUCGGGGUGGCCAAGACUCGCAAAGCAUCUGGACCCGGCAUGAAGCCAUCUGCAGAGAUGGGGAGUACUGGAACGGCAAAAUCUGCUGCUUAAACUGCCCACCUGGUACUUAUUUGAAGUCAGCCUGCACUGCGCCAGGUGAAAAGGGGCAGUGUGAGAAAUGUGCAGAUGAAACAUACACUCAACAUGCCAAUGACCUCAAGCAAUGUAUCACAUGCACCAAGUGCCGUCCAGAUCAAGAGAUUGUCUGGCCUUGUAACCGCACCCAAAACACCAAAUGUCAGUGCAAAGAAGGACGAUUCUGUGCACCCGAACAUGCAUGCGAGAUGUGCAAUAAAUGUUCAAGAUGUGAGAAGGAUGAAAAGGUUGUUCGCAACUGCAGUGCGACCUCAAACACGGAGUGCAAGAAAAUCCCACUGCAGUCUGACUCUGCCUCAGGUGGUUCUCUCUCUCCUUCCCAACCGCAUCUAGGAAACACUGCCAUUAUUGUGUGCAGUGUGCUCCUCGUCCUUUUUCUGUUGUGUGGACUAAUUUACUGGUGUACGAAGAAGCUGGCAAGAGUUUUGGACAAUCUUGGUGGUUGCAUCUUCCCCUUAGGCUCUGAGGAAAACGAGCUGAAAGUUGAGCACGCGCUAGAGGGGAACAAUGAACAAAGCCAAAAGCCGGGAUGCUCCAGUCUGAUCUUUUCUCAGCCACGGGUGAGAGGUCAAAGCUCAGCCACGAUGGAGGAUGAGUGCCAAGCGCUGUGUGAAAGCCACAACAGCUCUGCCAAUAACUCCCAACAAAAUCUAACCAGCCUACCCCCUGCCUUCCCCGCCUCUGCCCACCGAGCGUCUCUGACUGCCAUUCAGCCCGAUUUGAGGGAGGAUGAGCCUUUUCCAGAGCUGAUUCCUAUAAAUGGUGAAGAAUCUCUCAGGAGGUGUUUCCAGUAUUUCGAGGAAGUCGAUAUCGACUAUUACAAGAGGUUCUUCCGUCAGCUUGAGCUGAAUAGCAAUGUGAUCAAAAGCAAAGACCCACUUCUCUAUGAAGACAGGAUUCACGAGUUGCUGAACAUCUGGUUGGAGAAGGAGGGCAAGGAUGCAAGUUUAAAUGACCUGCUGAAAGCGUUACUGAAGUUUGAUCAAAGACGUACAGCUGAGAUAAUCAAGGCGAAAGCACUGAAAAAUGGCCAUUAUGUUUUAGAGAACUAGUCAUGAUAAAUUGUUUGCAGAACGUCUGGAAUUUCUUUCCAUACUUCUGAUGAGAUGACCGGAUGUAGUGCAGUUUUGUGCACGCCACCGGAUUGUGACACAGUUGUGCGUCUUCCAAGUUUUUUGGAGACGCAUGCACAGGCAUUGAUAGUGCGCCGUACUGAUAGUGAAAUCGCACGGUGUAAUAAAACACAUGCUUGGGGUUAAAAAUGCCUUCUAAUUUCUGUCAAAAGCAUUUCAAUGAACUACCACAAAUGCAUUGUGUAGUUUGUGAAGUGACUGACAGCCGGAAAAUGCCUUCUCACUUAUGUUGAAAGCAUUUCAGGGAACUAUCAAAGUACUUUUAUGUAGUUUGUGUAGUGACUGACUGGGGUGAAAAAUGCCUUCUCAUUUCUGUCAAAAGCAUUUCAAUGGACUACCACAAAUGCAUUGUGUAGUUUGUGAAGUGACUGACAGCCGGAAAAUGCCUUCUCACUUAUGUUGAAAGCAUUUCAGGGAACUAUCAAAGUACUUUUAUGUAGUUUGUGUAGUGACUGACUGGGGUGAAAAAUGCCUUCUCAUUUCUGUUGAAAGCAUUUCAGGAACAAUCCCAAGUAUUUUGUGUAGUGACUGUGACUCUCUGAUGCCUCAGGAAUGACUUUGUUGGUUGAGCAAAUUAAAAUGUGGAUUUGUUGAAUUAACUAACACUGGACAUUUAGGAAACUGAAUG